UGGGAACUGAGCCACUAGCUCAGGCUUGGGUCCACAGCCUUCCACACAGAGAUUAAGUUUACAUCUGCUCUGGUCAAGGCACAGAGCAGGCCUGUACCUUCCUGGAAUAUACUGCUUGGGUGUGCCCUGUGGAUGAAGACACAGAAAGGGGUCUGAGCUGGUAGGACCAGGGAAGGCAAAGUGAAACCCAUGCCCUGAAUCUCCGAGGGAACCUUUGAAAAAGAUCUUCCCCUCCCUGCCAUCUCCUUAUUGUUUGCCAGCUGUGCCCUGCACAGGAAAGCUUUAAAGACCAGCAGAAAAAGAACAGUGAAAAGGACAAUGUAGUGAGAGUGCAGUGAGGUCUUGGGUAGGGAGCCCUUUGAAUCUUGUUUCUCACCCUUCCCUCUUCGUUGAUAGCUCUCUGACAGCCUUAGCAGGAACCUCCACCUGGCCACGAGCGCAGUGGCAUUUGGUGAGAGGGGAAUUACAUACAGUGUAUGCAACACGCUCGCUUUUUUUGUCGGGACCUUUGCUCUUUUUCCUGUCAUCUUUGAAACUCUUGCCUAGGUCCUCAUUCCCCAGGACACUGGGAAUCAGGCACUUGGUUCUGACAAACUGUUUAGAGUCCCUAGAAGUCCUUGUUUGUGUGUACCCUUCACCAGUCUCAGAAGAAGGUGGUCUCUGAGUCAGAAGGUGUCUGGUGGGCACAUGAAGUAAGGAGACCUUUUCAUUUGGGAGAAGAGUGGAGGAGAGUGAUGUAAUAGAUGGGGAGGAAAAAAAAAAAAGUGAGCCCAAGCGAGUGAGGGAAGAAGCAGUGGCAAGUGUUCAUGAGAGAGAAAAAAGGUGGAAGAAGGAAAAGGAAAGAGACAAGGGGAAAAAAAAGCAGAUGAAAAAGUUAGAACAAGGGGAACAAAUAUAAUCAAAUAGGAGGGAAAGGGAAGACUGGAAGCGAGACAGAGUUGACGGCUGUUCUGCCUGGCACCCGGUAGCAAUGCCUUGAGAAACCCUUCCAGCGUGCAAACACCUCAGAUUGCAGCAGCAGAUGAGGAGAGACGUGGCUCCCCCAGUGCAGAGUCCCACUCACCCUCUUACAAAAUCCCAGCAGCAGAGGCAGGGUGCAGUCUAGCAGGGGUGGCAGCAUGGGGGACUCUGAAUCAGAGUCCACCUUGCACAACAACUCACUGUGGUGGCUGGCAUGUGGGAUGUUAGCUCUGUUGGCCAACUCUUGGAUUAUCCUCAGCAUCACGGCCAAACAACAGAAACACAAGCCUCUGGAGCUGCUGCUGUGCUUCCUUGCUGGCACGCACAUCCUCAUGGCAGCAGUACCCCUCACCACCUAUGCCGUGGUGCAGCUGCGGCGCGAGUCCUCCGACUACGACUGGAACGAAAGCAUCUGCAAGGUCUUUGUCUCCACGUACUACACCCUGGCGCUGGCCACCUGCUUCACCGUGGCCUCCCUUUCCUACCACCGGAUGUGGAUGGUGAGGUGGCCCGUCAACUACCGCCUGAGCAACGCCAAGAAGCAGGCUCUGCACGCGGUCAUGGGGAUCUGGAUGGUGUCGUUCAUCCUCUCCACCCUGCCCUCCAUCGGCUGGCACAACAACGGCGAGCGCUACUAUGCCCGUGGCUGCCAGUUCAUUGUCAGCAAAAUAGGGCUGGGCUUCGGCGUCUGCUUUAGCCUCCUGCUGCUCGGAGGAAUCGUCAUGGGCUUGGUGUGCGUGGGUAUCACCUUCUACCAAACCCUGUGGGCGCACAGGAGGCGCCGGCGGUGCCGCCAUCAGAGAGCAGAAGAGGCGUCAUCCUGCUCUUCAUCAGCACACACCACUUUCAAUGUGCCAGCCAUUGUGGUGGAGGAUGUACGAGGCAAAAGGAGGUCUUCGCUGGACGGCUCCGAGUCAGCCAAGACCUCCUUGCAGAUGACCAACCUCAUAAGCGCCAUUGUCUUCCUGUAUGACACGCUCACUGGGGUGCCUAUCUUGGUCGUGAGCUUUUUCAGCCUGCGCUAUGAUACGGCCCCCACCUGGAUGGUUCUGGCUGUGCUCUGGUGUUCCAUGGUGCAGACCCUGCUGCUCCCCUCUUUCAUCUGGUCCUGCGAGCGCUACCGAGCAGAUCUCCGCACCGUGUGGGAGCAGUGUGUGGCUAUCAUGUCUGAGGAAGACACAGAGGAUGAUGGUGUAUGUGACGAUUUUGGCGAUGGCAGGAUCUGCAAAGUAAGAUUCGAUGCGAACGGCGCUGCAGCUGCAAAGCGGGACUCUCGAGACAUCAAGCUGCUACCCAUGCACCACAUGCUGUUGCCCCAGGACAAGGUGCACUACCUGCAGGUCCCUAUCUCACGGAGGAUGUCACAUGAUGAGACUAACAUCUUCUCCGCCCACCGCUCUGCUCCAUCCUUCCUACACAAGUGGUCUUCAUCUGACGACAUCCGCAUUUCCACCCCCCGCAAGCCUGGGGGCCCUGGUUUCUUGCCUCCCCAGCUGCAUGACUACCAGCACCGCCGGCGGCCCCCAGAAGAUGAGCUGACGACCCUACGGCAAUUUUUGGAGGGGGGGCUGUUGCCCCGGGGCUCCAGCUCUAGCGCCUGCUUCUUCCGAGACGAGAUCACCACGUUCAUCGACGAGACGCCGCAACCCACCCCAGCCUGCAGCCCACGGCACUCCCGUCUCCUGCUCGCAUCGCGCCGCGACCGCCGCCUCUCCCUCGGCAGCAGGGAGGAGGAGAAUUCCGACCGGCCGCGGCGCUGCUCCGUGCUCGGCAAUGAAGUCUGGCAUCUGCAGGACGGAGAGCAGGCGCCAUGUGAAAGGACCCUAGAGGCCUGCGAGCCACAGACCUGCCAGGACCCCAAACUAUGAGGGACAGCAUCAAAAACAUUCAGUGCCAUCACCGUUUUUAAAUAAAACUUCAAGCGUUCCCUUUGUCCCGGGACCCAAUCACUAAUUUGCAUUCUCAUCUUUCUCGCCAGCAGGCAGAAAAGAUGGCACCCCAUGCUGGUGGGGGAAAAGGAAGUGGGACAGAUCCGCAGAAGGGAGCACAAUGGACGGACAGACAGACAGCCUGUGCCUGCUCUCAGGUUACAAACACAUCCACCGCUGCCACCGCCAAAUGGCACCCUUGCCAGUCCUGUCCCUUUGUGAACUCCACCCUCGCAUCCGCUCUGCCCUAGGAGACAAGGCAGGCGCAGAAUGGUAUUAAAAUUCUAUAUUUGGAGUGUCAA